UGCUCCUCCUAGGGCUGAGUUUGCUGACGAUGUUACAAGCCGGGGACGGGUCAUUCCACCUGAACAUCACGGAAGGCUGCAAACUCAUCUUCCCUCCUUGGGACGGCGGGAUCCGCUACCGAGGCCUGACCCGGGAACAGGUGAAGAUGGCCCGCUUCCUGCCUUUUGACUAUGAGAUCGAGUACGUGUGCCGUCCCGAACGUGAGAUCGUGGGGCCCAAGGUGCGCAAAUGCUUGCCCAAUGGCACCUGGACCAACAGCGAUGUGGAGAGCCGCUGCUUACGGACCUGUCCCAAGAUGCACCUGAGCCUGGAGAAUGGGCAAGCUCACGUCUGGGCAAUAGAGCGGGUGCCUGUAGAGGGCACCUGGGUGGAAUAUCGCUGUAAUGCUGGCUUUCACCUGGUGGGUAGUCCUCGCAGCAACUGUACCAAGGCGGGUCGCUGGAGUUCUGCAAAGCCUGUCUGCCAAUCACCGACGCCGGGCAGCGCCAUGGAGGAGCCGGCUCCGGCGCCGCCGCCGCGCAGUGCAGCCGCGCACCCCGGCCGCCGCCGCCUCCUGCAGCAGCAGCAGCAGCCGCCGCGCUUCUGCCCCUGA